AUGGGGUUAAACUUUACAGAUCAAAAAAAAAUAAUAAAAUUAUUAGAAUUAACAAAAUAUAAUAUGAUAACUUUGCCAAAAUUGGAGGCUGAACCUCGUGGUGCAACAGCUCAAUUGUCACUUGUUAAUGGAGAUUCAUUAGGUGAUCAUCCUAAUAAACAUAAUUCAUGGCAAAAUGUUGUAACGGUAACAUCAUCCUCAACACAUGAUAAGACAACACGAUAUAAUGUACCAUUACAACAUUCAAAUGUAAAUCCACAUUCAACAUCUUAUGAUAUUGAUCAUGGAAAUAAUCAAAAUCUUUCAAGACAAACUAGUGUAUCACAUCUAAGUAAUGCAAGUUAUAAUAUAAAUCCUUUAAAUCCCACAACACAUAUUAAUACUAAUUAUGAUAAUACAAUAAAAAAUAAUUCUAUACCUCAAGGUAAAUUUACUCAACAACCAUUAUAUUCACCAUAUCCUUCAACAAGUGUUGCCUCAACGACAAUUCAUAAUCCACAAAGAGAGGUAAAAAUUAGAUCACCAUCAGUUAUAACUGAUGAAAAAGAUAGAAGUAAAAGUACACACUCAACACAUUCCUCAACCCGUCCAAUUAGUUCUAAUUUAUCAAAAAAUUCUAAAGAUAGUUUAACAUCAAAUCAACCAAAAAGAAAUAGGCUACAAGAAUUUAUACAAUUUUUAAAAAUAAAUCAAAAAUGUUGUUGUACAUUACUUUUUCUUUUUUUUACUAUUGCAAUAAUUCUAACUAUUGUACUGUGUGCUGUACUAAUACCAAAAUAUCAGUCAGUUUUUAAUUUUCAAUGGGCACCACCAGCUUCUGUUAAAGGUUCAGGAGUUGUAGAAAGUACUGGUGUACAUUUAACUAUUGAUGAUAGUAAUCAACAAGUUCGAUUUGACAUGACUGGACAUGUUCCUUUUAAAGCUAAUUAUGUAUCAGUAUAUGAUUUUAAAACAAAUAAAGCAAUUAUAUAUGAUCCUUCAUUAAAAAAUGGAACAAAAACUUUAUAUUGUUUUGUUAUGUCAUUUGGAAGUGAUAAAAUAAAGGAUAUCAGUGAGUUACGUAAAGCAGCACAUAAUACAAGAGGAUUGUCAUCUCAAUCAACUGGAUGGGAAGAACAUUGGAAUUACAUUCCACAAAAUGCUAAUAAUAUUUUACAAGUUAGUUAUGUUAAUCCAGGUAUCCCAGAAUGUAAUGGAGCUAAGUUAGUGGAAUUAAAAAGUGUUGGUACAAAUCAAAAAAGUUUAAGAUGUACAGAUUGUUUUGAUUUUUGUUUACCUGAAUAUGGUAUUGAGAAUGACUUAAUUAAAAGUCAAUCAAAAUUAAAUAUACUUAGUCGUAUGUGUUUCUAUUUCUUUGUCCCAGAAUGGCAAUCAUUUGCACAAGGUUAUAAUAUUAAUAAUGUUAAUCCAAAUCUCAAUAAGCCUCAAUUUUCAUCAUACCAAUUUAAUGGUAAUGUACAAAAUAUCCCCUAUUCUACAAAUCCUUCUAUGGAAAAUAAUUAUGGAAAUGGUCUAUUUGUUGGACAACAACAACAAAAUGGUCAGAGAAUGAUGGGACAAGGAUAUAGUAAUACCGGCCAAUUUCCCAGUAAUUUACAACAAUUUCCUAACCAACAACAAAAUUUCUAUAAUAAUAAACAACAAUCACCUAACUAUAAUAAUGGAAUUAAUAGAAGUCCAAUUGUAACACCUAAUUAUAAUGAUCCAAAUAAUCUUCAAAUUGGUUAUCAGAAUCAAUAUAAUAAUCAACAAAAUGGUCAACAGAAUAUGCAACAAAAUAUACAACAAAAUGGCCAACAAAACAUGCAACAAAAUGGUCAACAAAACAUGCAACAAAAUGGUAGAAGAAAUAUUAUUUCAACGGAUAACAAUAGUCAUCCAGAAUCAAAAUGGAUUCCAGUAAAUUCUAAUAAUGGAAUAAUUGAUCAAAUCACAAAUUCUACAUCAAAUAUUUGGAGUAAUGCUAAGGAAACAUUUAACACAGGUGUCAAUAAAGCACAAAAUGUUCAAGAAGCACUAGGUCGGGGAAUCCAAAAUGUAGGCAGUGGAAUCGAGUCAAUUGGUGGAGGUUUUCAGCGUUUUGGUGGUAACAUUGAAACAGGUAUAAGUAACAUGAGACAAUCUAUAUCCAGUGGUAUUGAUAGUGCCGGUCAGGCAUUAAGCAAUUUUGGCCAAAAUACAGGAGAAAAUUUACAAACAUUUGGUCAAAAUGUACAACAAGGAAUUAAUGAUAAUAUGAAUAGUAUGCAAAAUAGUGCUGGAAGUAUUCAUGAACAAUUGAGAGCACAGUUUAAUCAAAUUAAACAACAAAUCCCAACCGAUUCCUCAUAUAAUACUCAACCAUCGGAUGUUAAUACGCAGAAUAAUGUACAUUAUCUUGUUAGAAGUCAAUUAAGUGGACAAAAUUCACAAAAUAAUGGAAACUAUUUACCAAAUUCUCAGUUUGAUUCAUCUUCACAACAAUUAAUGAAUUACAACAACCAAAAUAAUAAUCUUUCACCAGGAAUGGCUCAAUACAGUCAAUCAAAUCAUAAUUUAAAAAAUCCCUUGGCUGGAUAUUAA